UAUUCUUCAUUUUGUUUUGCUAUAGCAUAUAUUCUCCAUCUUGUUUUGCUAAGUGCUCACCCAACUCAGUACGGAGGCUAGGACAGAGCGUCGGAGCGGAGAUGUGCGGUGCAGGAGCAAUCCCUUUAUUUUUCAAGGUUCCCUCACAUAUAUGUACUGUAUUCAUCCUAAGAAGAACACAUAGCCUUUUAAGUUGUUUUAGGACUUUAGGCCAUUUUCUUUUCCUAACGUAGGGUGAUAAAAAGGGAGUACCCCUUAGGUUGUCCCUAACGUAGGAAACUGAGUCGUAAUACUUUGGUGGAUCGUGAACAAGUGUUACGCGCUAAAAUGGGACACUUUUAUUGGUGUCUCCAGUGGAAUCGUUGUGUGAGAAUAGAGCAUUUGAGGUUCUAUGUCCUUAAUGUGUUGUGUGAAAUAGCCAAUUAGGCUUUUUGUAUUGCAAUAUCAUAUAUAUAUAUAUUUAAAAUUUUGACAACCUAUGUCAUGAAUAGGAGUCUAUGUCGAGCGUCGGGAGUGCGUUCUACCCCGCAUUUGUAGAGGUAGAUUUCGAUACUGAUAGUAAUGGUCAGCAGGUUAUCAAUAUGGAUGACGACUUUGGUGAUGAUGUCCUAGAUGCUUUGCCUAUUAAUCCUGUUACAGUGGUAGAUGAUUAUUAUGGUGGGGAUAUUGAAGACCAUGAUGUCGUCGGGUUGGCGGUACCUGACAAAGAAGCUCCUGUGAUGGGUUAUAUCUUGGCGCAACUGGUGGGUGAAGAUGAUGGGCCAAGCUUCUCUGGCCGAUCACAAGGUAUUCUACGGGCAAAUCCUGAAACCCAACUAACAGUUCCCCUUUUAGCUAAGAUGAGAUUAUCUUUCGGUAUUGUUAUCCAAAAAAUUGGCAUUGAUGACGUGGCAAGUGAUCCCUGGACACGUGGCAGACACCUGGAGGAACUCUGCUAGUGUAUCGACCAGAAGACGUAUUAGAAGUGGUAAGCAGCCCAGUCAUACCUGCGACCAGUCUGGUCGAUAGUUCCGCAUGCAAUGUCAUAUUACUGUAAAAAUCUUUGUAGAUCCUGAAUUUAAUUCACACAAUCUCCUGAAUAUCCGAUUAUUUAGGAGAGAAUAUUGGCAACUAAAUCAUGUAAUCCCCCUUGAGCCUAUAAAUAGGAAAGGAUAGCUCAAGGAAGGGACUUUUGGCUUUUGAAUUAUUUUAGAUUAGAGUAAUUCUCCUUGGAAUAUUGUAUUUUUCUUCAGAGGUUAGUGAAACUCAUUGAACCCUUGUUCUUUGAUCACUCCUUUGAUUCUUAUAUCAAUAACAGUCUAAGUGGACGUAGGUUAUUACCAGAUCCUGGGGCUGAACCACUAUAAAAAUAUCGUGUUCUUAUUACUUUUUGUCAUUACGUUCUUCUCAACACAUUAAUUCAUAUCAAGCAUAUUCUGACUCCGUGUCAGUUGACCAAAAUCUGGGUCAACAGGUAUUCCUCAUAAUAUUAAGAUGAGGUUACCCAGGUUUGUCGAACGGGUCAAUUGGGAUACCCCUGGUUGGUGUGGUAUGUAUGAGUACACCUUUCAUCAAGGCUUCAGGUUCCCCUUCCCUCCUUUUGUUUCAAAAGUACUUAACUGGUAUCAGAUAGCCCCUAGUCAGCUAAUGCCUAAUGCAUGGAGAGUGCUCUUAGGCAUCGAAAGGUUUACUGAGGUGUUCGGGAUGAGUGUUGAGUUAGUAGAGUUUCGUGCUCAUUACACAGUGAGGGAACAUGAUAAAGAGAAGGGAAGAUAUAGUUUUGUGUCUCGUAAUGAAGACGAGUCCUUGGUUUGCAAUAUAAAAUCCAAUGACCGUGGGUGGAAAGAAUACUAUUGUUUCUUCCAUGGAAAAGAAAUGUUCUCGUCUAGAACCGAUAGGUUUCCUACUAGUUGGCGGGUAUUAGGUAGGUGUUGCAUGCUAGAUUAUUUUACCUAUUUUUCUUGUGUCUUUUGUUUCCAACCUAUUGAAAUCCUAAUGUUGGUGUUUUUCUUUUUCUUUUUCUUUUUGUGGAUAAAGAAUUGACCAUACUUCUUGCUUUGUCGUACGAUAGUGACCAAAAUUUGAAGAAAAUUUUAGCAAUUCCUGAAAAGCAACGAAGUUGGAAAAAAUUGUUAAAGGAAUCAAAUUUGACUUCCAGUUUUCUUUGGAGCAAAGUCGAGGGGCGGAGUGAAGGUAAUCUUCUUAUUAGACUAGAUGGUCGUAUUCCUAUUUUUUUGUUGAAGCGAGCUUUAGAGUUGAUUGGUAUCAAGUUUAUUCUUCUGAAGAAGAACGUAAUCUAUCGGAAAUUUUUUCGAAAAAGAUGUCAUUCAAAAUGCCUUUCGGUCUUGAUGCCUUGGCAAAAGCCAAGAAAGCGGCGAGUAAGAAGAAAGGUCAUUUGUCGGCGGUAGAGCCAUCAAUAAACCUCGUGCCCUCAAAGAGUACUGUUCCUUCAAAGGUCAUCGAAGGAGGAUCAAGCAAGAAGCCUAGGGUUGAUUUUGAUGAGGAGGAAGAAAAUAUCUCUGUCAUUAUUCCAAAGAAUACUUGUGUGUAUUCGAACCCUUUGUCUAUUGAAGGAUAUGUCGAAGCCCUCUUGUGUCCUCGUGAUGAGACUCGUUUGAAGGAAAUGGGAUCCGUCGAGUCAUCCAAUGAUUUGGUGUCUGGAGCCUAUCGGAUGCUCUCUAAUGCGAUUCAUAUUCGUCGAGACCAUCAACGCCUCGGAAGGGAAAACUGUGAUCUUAGAAAGUCCAACACCGAGCUUCGGUCGAGUCUUACGAAAGUUGACGAGAGGCUUAAGGCAAGUAAAGAAUUAAAUGAAGAGUUGAAGAGGCAAUUAAAGGAUAAAGUGAGCGAACUAGUUAAGGAGAAGAAGAAUUCGAAUGAUUUAUGUGCUCAGCUGGAGGACAUUGAGGUGAAGGCCAUGUGUAAUGACCCACUAAUCUAGACUAUUUGGACCAUUAACGAAACUAUACAUAAAAUCCUUAAAAGAACUUACAUUUGCGAAAAUACCAUAAUUUAUUGAAUAACUUGCAAAAUAAGAGUUAUUUACAAAGUAAAUACCAAAACGGAUAUGGGAUCCCAUUGUCUUUAAAACAAAAACAUAAUUUAAAAUAAUAAAACAUUACAUAAUUAGUGCGGAAAAUACAUAUAAAAAGACAUAAAACCGAAACUACAUCCUCGA